CCGGCGCAUCACUCGCCAUCCGUUCCUCUCGCCGACGCCGGCGAGUUCAAUUGACUCCUCACCCCACCGCGCCCGAGGUUAUGGAUGGGCCCACCCCCGCCGUCAAGCUCCCAAUGGCGAGGCCUCCUCAGGCGCCCGCGCGGUGGACGUCGAGGAGGACACGCUCCCCGGGGUGCUCCGCAGCUUCGUCGACAGCGUCUGCUCUUCGGGCGCCGGCGGCGGGGACGAGCCGCUCCUGCGGCGCCUCCGGGACGCGUCCUACGAGGCCGUCCCGCGGCUGCGCGAGGCGUCCCGGAACUCGGCGCGGGACAUGCUCGAGUGGACCAGGCGGGGCAGCGGCCUCCGCGCCAUCCUCGUCAUCCCCAUUGGGACAAUCACGCUUAUUGCGUUGACUGGCCUUCUGAUCUUCAUGUUCUUCCUGCUGGUUGCGACUGCCAAUGCCGUCGUCGUUUCUGUCCUGAUGUCAUUGGCAGCUGCCGGAGGAUUCUUGGCUAUCUUCUUUGCUUGCUUAGUUGCAGUGUAUAUUGGGGCAGUAUCAAUUGCUACAUUCACCAUCUCUGCCACGGUUAUCUCAGCAAUUGUUGGAGUGAUGAUUGCUACUGGUUGGGUUGGGUUCUUCUGGAUGACUUGGUUGGCUGCAAGGAAAAGCAUGGACCUGACGAAGCACUCCAUCGGCACGACAAGUUUGGCGUCCUAAUCGUACUCCCUGCAUGUGAACCAGAAGCCUGUGGACUGAAGCUGGUUUCGAUUCGCUGGACGACCUGUACGAAGCUUGAUCUGUGUGAAUUAUACGAGUUAUCCUACUUUGGACUAAGAUAGUAGAGAGUAGAGAAUAACGAGCUUGUGGCGGCAGCUUUGGUUCUCUCGGUGUAUCCGUCCCUUUUAGUUGUUGUGUUCCUAGGUCUCAACUUUAGCAGCAUGUAUGUCAUAGCGGCUAAUAUUGGUCCAAGUGUGAUAUGACCUGAUAAACUUUGAUAGCCAUCGCUACUUGCUUCAUAUACAUUGUGAAAGAUGCCUCGUUGUAUAUUGACACGUUCUCAGU